ACGUGACACUUGAUGUCGUCUGUUGGGCAGACGGCGAUCUCAGUGUGCUUUUGGCAGUGUACCGAUCGUGUAGAACCUUCAGCCGUUGUCAGUCUCAUUUCGCCGCAGUUAUCAUGUCGCUUCGCAUUGUAUCGCAGUCCUUGGUGAACGCCUGGAGCCAGACUCUAGUGCGUGGCAUGUCCACACAGGGCGGUUCCAAGAACAUUGGCUUCGUCGGUCUGGGCAACAUGGGCGGCCAUAUGGCCAGCAAUCUGAUCAAGGCGGGCCACAAGUUGCAUGUGUUCGAUAUCUCGAAACCCGCCUGCGACAAUCUGAAGGCCAAGGGCGCCACUGUCUAUGCGAAGACCUCGGAGCUGGCCAAGAACUCGGACUUUGUCAUCACCAUGCUGCCGAACAAUGACAUCGUGGAUGCUUCGUACGAGGAGAUGACCGCCGAUGGCGUCAAUAAGAACACCUUUUUCAUUGACUCCUCCACCAUCGAUCCCACGCUGGUGAAGUCGCUGCAGAAGCGCAUCAGCGCCAAGGGAGCCCGCUUCAUUGAUGCUCCCGUCUCUGGUGGCGUUCCCGGUGCCGAGCAGGCCACACUGACCUUCAUGGUCGGCGGCACGGAGGCGGAGUACAACACGGUGAAGGCUGUGCUCGAGUGCAUGGGCAAGCGCAUCACCCACUGUGGUGACUAUGGCAUGGGCCAGGCUGCCAAAUUGGCCAACAACAUGAUGCUCGCCAUUUCGAUGAUUGGUGUCUCCGAGGCCAUGAAUCUGGCCAUGCGUCUGGGCCUGAAUCCCAACACAUUUGCUGAGAUUAUCAACUCCUCCACCGGUCGCUGCUGGGCCUCCGAGCUGUACAAUCCUGUGCCCGGCGUCACCCCCACCGCUCCAGCCAACAACUCAUACAAGGGAGGCUUCUCCACCGAUCUGAUCACCAAGGAUUUGGGUCUCGCCUCGGGCGUCGCCACGUCCUCCAACACACCCAUUCCCAUGGGCGCACUGGCUCACCAAAUCUAUCGCACACUCAAGUCCCAGGGCCUGGGCAACAAGGACUUCUCCGUCGUCUACGACUUCAUGAAGAACGAAAAGAACUAAACCAGUUUAUGGUUAUGGUUAUGCUAUCCACCAGUUUUGCAUUUAUAGAUCCCAUUGAAUCCGGCAUUGCAAUGGACUCUCGAUUCUAGGGUAUCCCAUGUUAUGAUUUUGAUUUACAUUUUUCUAUGCAUACAUAUAUUAAAGAUGUAUUUGUAUUAUC